AGUCGCAACGGCCGUCCUCUCAUGCUCGGAGGUUUCCCUGUGUGCCUGUAUUGCCUGUCGAAUGACCGCGCGAAACUCCCCCUUGGGCCAGGAUCAUAAACACAGCAUUGCGGGAGUUAACUAUUUCCCGACAUGUCCUGGGUUGAAUUGCCAAGGGUGAACCAUCUCCGUUCUAAACGUCCAAUGUGGUACCACGGCGACGUCUGACGCCACGUUCAUGCACAUGACAGCAGUGGAUGACUUAAAAGCGGUCCGCCAGCCACACAGCACGGUGGGGAUUCCACUUCCCCACAUUUCCCGUCCGCUUGCUUCUUCCGUGACGAUCGCCGAAUCAUGGAUGGAAUGUCGGACAGCUCUGAGCUGUCCUGCGAAGCUGAUCCCUACUUCGUUUGCCUCCUUUGGCGAUAUCCCUGGAAACUUGUGCAGUCCUGCAGACGAUUGGCCACGUCCUUUCCGAAACUUGGGCCAUGAUGCUGCCUGGGAACGCCUAGCGGCAGUCUCCAAUCUCCAUAGCGUCAAAUUUGACACCAAUGGGCGGUGGCGGGCAGAUGCCCUCAAUUUCCAACCUUGCGCCGAGACCCCCUCGCAAGAUCGUUAUGCAAUCCAGCAGAUACAUAUCCAGGGACGCAUCUGGACCCUGUCUGCGGUUUUUGAUGGUCACCUCGGCAGCCAUACCGUUGAACAUGUGGCUCAUCACAUGCCCGUCAUUGUGCGGGAACACUUGGAAGUGAUCACUCAGAAACAUGGCGACCGUGCUGUACCGCCGCCGUUAGUUGCAGACAUGUUUGCGAUGGCCAUUCGCAAUUUUGAUGACGCCAUCGCUAAUGACGUCCUGGAACUUUUCCCGGGUGGUUUAUCAUCUUUGUCUCGCUUGUCGGACUCACAAAUCCAGGAAGUUCUCGACGAUCAACUUUCUGGAGGGCAAAAUUACACAAAGGCGAGGCUGUGCAUGUAUGGUACUACUGCGCUCGUAGCUCUUGUUGACCCUGAUCAUAAAAAUCUAUGGCUCGCCAAUUUGGGUGACUGCCAAGGACUGGUGGUCUCGGAGACUGGUCAUCAAGGGUGGAAUAUGGAAGUUUUGACGCGACUUCAUAAUGGAGAGAAUCCACUCGAGGUUCAGCGCGUCAUGAAUGAGCACCCUGGUGAGCCGGAGUGUAUCUUGGAUGGCCGUGUGCUUGGAGCUAUUGCACCCUUUCGAUGUCUAGGAGAUACACCCUUUAAACAACCACCCGAAUUCACCCGGCGUAUACUCUAUAAUUUAUACCCUGGUCAGCACGACACAUCUCCUUGGGAAGAAUUCCUGAUGAGGAGCCACACGCCUCCCUACAUUUCAUCCACUCCGGAAGUCACGCAUUAUCCCCUCGACCCAUCACCCCAAGCGCCUCGCAAAUAUCUUAUCCUGUGCUCAGAUGGGUUUACGGACAUAUGCGGCACGAAUCAACGUGAAAUUGUCGAUCAAUGGGCGCGUGCAGCCGCACGUAGUAGCUCAAGAGAGCUAGAUGAAAAAAGUCUGGCGCUCCGACUACUCUGGCAGGCGCUUGGUAAUGAUCCGAAGAGCGUAUCUCGUGCUCUGACUUUGGACAUGGACUCACCUUGGUUGGAUGAUGUAUCUAUUAUUGUACAGUGUUUAUAAUUGCCUGAGGCAACGACCUGAAGAGUCUUAUAUGUUCCUCGUUCUCCGAAAGUACUUGCUAACCCACAUUUGGAAUGUGUAGUGUUUGAGUUACAUAUUUUAUUUGCAAUUUGUUUGGUUUAGAAGGUAGAUGACAAAUAAUC